UCCCGGCUGCGCCUGCCGCCGCGCCGCGCGCCCUGCUCCCUCCGUGGCCUCGGCGCCCCGGACGCCGCUGGCCCGCGUCUCCGCUCGGAAUGAAGGUGUUCCGCAGGAAAGCGCUAGUGUUGUGCGCGGGCUAUGCACUGCUGCUGGUGCUCACCAUGCUCAACCUCCUGGACUACAAGUGGCACAAGGAGCCGCUGCAGCAGUGCAACCCCGACGCGCCUCUGGGUGCCGCAGCAGGGGCAUCCGGGGGUGGCUGGGGUCGCCCGGGGCUGCCUCCCGCCGCGCCCCCGCGCGCUCACACGCGUUUGGACCACCGCACCCCGUACCGCUCUCCUGCUGCCGCCGCCGUCGGGCCAGCACCCGCAGCCGCAGCCAGGGUGGUGGGUUCCGAGCCCCAUCCAGGAAACGGGAGUCGGGGCACCCGGGGCGGCGGGGACAAGCGGCAGCUGGUCUAUGUUUUCACCACGUGGCGCUCAGGCUCAUCCUUCUUCGGCGAGCUCUUCAACCAGAAUCCGGAGGUGUUUUUUCUCUACGAACCAGUGUGGCACGUGUGGCAAAAAUUGUACCCAGGGGACGCUGUGUCCCUGCAGGGGGCAGCGCGGGACAUGCUGAGCGCUCUAUACCGCUGUGAUCUCUCUGUUUUCCAGCUGUACAGCCCCGCAGGCAGCGGGGGGCGCAACCUCACCACGCUGGGCAUCUUCGGUGCAGCCACCAACAAGGUGGUGUGUUCCUCCCCUCUGUGCCCCGCAUACCGUAAGGAAGUCGUGGGCCUAGUGGACGACAGGGUGUGCAAGAAGUGCCCGCCUCAGCGCCUGGCACGCUUUGAGGAGGAGUGCCGCAAGUACCACACGCUGGUUAUCAAAGGCGUGCGUGUCUUCGAUGUGGCGGUGUUGGCGCCGCUACUUCGAGAUCCCGCCCUGGACCUCAAGGUCAUCCACCUGGUGCGUGAUCCCCGUGCUGUUGCCAGCUCACGCAUCCGCUCACGCCACGGUCUCAUCCGAGAGAGCCUACAGGUAGUCCGCAGCCGGGACCCACGAGCCCAUCGUAUGCCCUUCCUGGAAGCAGCUGGCCACAAGCUGAGUGCCAAGAAGGAGGGAAUGGGUGGCCCGGCAGACUACCAUGCACUUGGCGCUAUGGAGGUCAUAUGUAAUAGCAUGGCCAAGACCCUGCAGACAGCCCUGCAGCCCCCUGACUGGCUGCAGGGCCACUACCUGGUGGUGCGGUACGAGGACCUGGUGGGAGACCCUGUUAAGACACUCCGGAGGGUGUAUGACUUUGUGGGGCUGCUGGUGAGCCCAGAAAUGGAGCAGUUUGCCCUGAACAUGACCAGUGGCUCCGGCUCCUCUUCCAAACCUUUCGUGGUGUCUGCACGCAAUGCCACACAGGCCGCCAAUGCCUGGCGGACCGCCCUCACCUUUCAGCAGAUCAAACAGGUGGAGGAGUUUUGCUACCAGCCCAUGGCAGUGCUGGGCUAUGAGAGGGUCAACAGCCCGGAGGAGGUCAAAGAUCUCAGCAAGACUCUGCUUCGGAAGCCCCGACUCUGAGAGGGGUUUCCCCUGGAGAGCUGGCAUCCUGUGAAUUCUGUCAACAAAGAGGAUUGUGGUGUGUUUAAACAAGCAGCCCAGACCCAAACUGAAAAACCCACAUGUUCUAUUAUAGAUAUAUAAUAUAAAUAACCACAUGCACUUGCUGUCAGUGUUUCCAGUCAGUGAAUUUCAAGGAACACACACACACACACACACACACACACACACACACACACCCUCAGAAAAGGCAAGACUUGAAAGUUCUGAGUAGUUGCCCUUUUCCUUUCCAACCCCUGCCCCUUCUUUCCCAUUUCAUACCCUCUCCCAAACCUGCCUUCAUUUUGAAGUGGAAUGUUGAUGAAAUCAAGUUCCAGUAACCCAAAUCUUGUUUACAAAAUUUUCGUGGUAUCUGUGAACAUGUAAGAGUAAUUUGGAUGUGGGGGUGGGUUGGGGUGGAGAAAGGGAAAAUGGUCGAGGAACAUAAAGCCCUACUGGGCAUGAUAAACUGAGGAGGUGCUCUUCUAAAGUAGACUUUUGUGUGAAAAACAAAGGUGACAUGUGAGUAUUAAUAAAGAUGGUAAUAAAUAAUAUUCUUUUUUA